CGAAUAGAGACAAAUAUCAAUCACUUUGACAAAGUGCAAGGUUAACGUCAAAAAAAUGAAGUCUGGAAAUAAAAGUAACACAUAAAUUUUAGCGAUGAAACUCCAUCGACACGGUUUUUCAGCUAUCAUUUUGAAAAUAACGAAUUAUCCGCGAUAUCCAAUUUUAAAGUACAAGUUCGAUUAGAAUUAAUAACUAAAUGAUAAUACACGUUUUAUAAACGGGACUUUCUUACAAAUACAUAACAGUUUCGAACGGUUAUCUUGGUGAUAAUGUAAUAAAGUACAUGUUACUGAAUUCAAAGUGCCGUUACAGUGUAAAAUAUGUCAAGCACGCUCAGUAUCGAAUACGGCUGGUUCUUCAGCGCUGUCUACAGUGUAAUAUCUGCUGGUGCUUUCUGUUUCGACGUCCUCACAUUUCCCAUCUACUUAAUUCUCCAAAACCCAAUCAGACGACUCCAGUUAUCCAAAUCGCAAAGAGCCGAUAUAAUCGACAGAAAACAUGACUACAUCACGCUCAAAACCACCAAGAAGCCUUCCAAAGCGCACGACGAAAUCGACGAGAACAACAUCGAAACCAUGGCCGAACUCUCCGACUACAUCACCAAGAAACAGCGCGAGAAAAGAUGCCUGGGCACCAGGCAGAUACUCGGCGAAGAGGACGAGCAACAGUCCAACGGCAGGGUGUUCAAAAAGUUCAACUUAGGAGAGUACACGUGGUUGACGUUCACCGACGUCGACCGAUUGGCCACCCAAUUCGGCCGGGGCCUCCGACAGUUCGUCGUCAAACCCAAGCAGCCCAUCGCCAUUUUGGCGGAGACGCGCGCCAAGUGGAUGGUGGCCGCCCAGGCGGCUUUCAAGCACAGCAUUCCUCUCGUCACCAUCUACGUGACCCUCGGCGACGAGGCCAUCGCGCACGCCAUCAACGAGACCGAAGUCGAGGUCAUCAUCACCAGCUUCGCCCUCUUGCCGAAAUUCAAGAACAUCCUCAACAUGACGCCCAACGUGAAGACCCUCAUCUACAUGGAGGACCAGCUGGAGAAGCUGGAGAACGCGAGCGGCUACAAGGAGGACGUGACCAUUGUAGCUUUCGACGACGUUAUUCAAGAUGCUACGGAUGUAGAGGAAUUGAGGCCGGGUCCCGAAGAUACGGCGAUCAUCAUGUACACCAGCGGCUCGACGGGGAUACCCAAAGGAGUGAAACUGCUGCACAAGAACAUGGUGGCCUCGGUGAAGGCUUUCAUGGACUGCACGCCGAUGUACGAGAACGAAAUCGUAUUGGGCUAUUUGCCUCUGGCGCACGUUUUCGAGCUGAUCGUGGAAGUGGGCAUGAUGUUCCUGGGCAUGAAGAUCGGCUAUUCCAGCGCCCUGACGAUGAUAGACACCGCGAGCAAAAUCAAACGAGGCACCAAAGGGGACGCCACCGAGUUGAAACCCACGUUUAUGUGCAGCGUUCCGUUGAUAUUAGAUAGAAUAUCCAAAGCUAUAAGGGAGAAGGUGAACAACAGCAAUCCGGUGAAGAAGAUGCUGUUCGAUUUCGGGUAUAAUUACAAGAGCAGAUGGUUGAGAUGGGGUUUCCAAACGCCGUUGGUCGAUUUGGUCGUAUUUCGAGCUACGAAGAACAUUUUAGGCGGGGAUCUGCACCUGAUGGCCGUCGGCGGGGCGCCGCUGACCGGGGAAACCCACGAAUUGAUUAGGGUGUGCUUGGGGGUGGACGCUUUGCAGGGGUACGGGCUCACCGAGACGUGCGCUUGUGCGGCCAAUCAAGACGCCUACGACAUGGAGUACGAGCGUGUAGGUCCUCCCAUGACGAUGGCUUUGGUGAGAAUAGCGAAUUGGGAGGAAGGGAAUUACUUCGUAACGGACAAGCCGAAUCCUAGAGGGGAAAUUAUAAUCGGAGGUGAUAUGGUGAGUCCCGGUUACUUCAAAAACGAGGAGAAAACUAAGGAGGAGUUUUUCGAACAUGACGGUAUUUGGUGGUUUAGAACGGGUGACAUCGGGGAAGUCCAUAAGGACGGAUCUAUUAAAAUCAUCGAUCGCAAGAAAGACAUUGUGAAAUUGCAAGCGGGAGAGUACGUAUCGUUGGGGAAGAUAGAGGCCCUGCUAGUUACCAAUAGAUUAAUUGAUAACAUUUGCGUGUAUGCGGACUCGACGAAAUCGUAUUGUGUAGCGUUAAUUGUAGCCAAUCAGGAGAAUUUAAUUAAACUAGCUAGCGAAAGACUGAACAAAAGUGGAAGUUUCGAAGAACUUUGCGAUGAUCCGGAAGUUAUAAAGGCUUUAUUGAAAGCUAUUACAGAACAUGGCACCAAAGUGAAACUUCAAAGAUUUGAAAUACCUGAAAAAAUAAAAUUAGUAAAGGAUGUUUGGGUGCCGGAGACCGGUUUAGUGACUGCGACAUUCAAGUUGAAGAGAAAAGAAAUUCAAAAAUAUUACGCAGACGUUUUACAGGAAUUAUACAGAUAAUUACCGUAAUUUAAUAAGUGUAAUAA